AUGACGGAUGGAGUUUUAUCAAUAUUAGACGAGAGAAUCAAGAAAUUGGAAGUUGAUUCAAAUUUAGCAAAGGAAAAGCCCGGAGGACGAAAGCCUUGUUCAUACAAGGAAUUCAUGGCAUGUAAACCACCAAUAUAUAAUGGAGAGGUUGAUCCAAUAGUGUGCCAACGAUGGCUAAGCGAUAUUGAAGGGGUAUUUGAGAGGACCCAUUGUGAUGAAGAUGACUACGUAGCCUAUGGUACGAGUCAACUAAGGAGUCAAGCGAAAGAGUGGUGGGAUAACAAAAAGAGAGAGAUUGGUAGUGAAGCUGCUAAGGUCAUGACAUGGGAAGAGUUUAAGACGCCAUUUCUUAAACAUCAUAGUCCCAAGGCGGUUGUGAAUAAAAUCAAAGAAGAGUUCAUGCAACUUAGACACAAGGGUGAAACCAUAGACAAAAUUACGACAAUGUUUAUGGACAAAAUGAAGUUCUGCAGUGAACUGGUGACAAACAAAGAACAAAAGAUAUACUACUACCAUAACAUGUUGAGUGCAGAAUAUAGGGAGUUUAUAACCCCUUCAAAAUACGAAACCCUUACCGAGAUCAUUAAUGUUGCUCGGGAAAGGGAGAUCGAACUGAAAAAGAGCAUUGAACGGGGUGAACGGAAAGCACAAGAUGUAAAUCCAAGCCCUACCAAGAAAGCACGAACAAAUGAAAUAGCGAAGAAAUCGGAUACAAAAAGUGGGUCGCUAAGUUGCAAAAUUUGCGGGAAGGGUCACAAAAGAUCGGAAUGUCCGGAACUGGUUGGAAAGAAAGAUGGGCAAGACUUGAAAGGUGAAGCCCCGAAAGCAAAAGCAAGAUCUUUCCAAUUGACCGCUGCUGAAGCAAAAGUCGAACCUGAAGUGGUCUCAGGCAAGGAGUCCGGAUCAUCAAGCGGACAAGCCGGGGGAAAUACGCGUGGGAAGGGUGUGCCCUAA